AUGAUCCGCAACGGCACCGCAAAUAAGUCCAUGGCAGGCGUUCCAAAGUGCAAAGCCUUAGCCCGAACCAUCAAGGCCCAACGGACUCCGCCAUGGCCAGCCAUACCAACUCGCGAUCUGCCCCCAAGGGCUAUUACCGACCAACUCAUCGACUGCUAUCUUAGGACUUUUGAGUCCUUAUACCAGGUCUUGCACAUCCCUAGCUUCAAGCACGACUAUGAGGCACUCUGGGAGCCCGCGCCGGUGCAUCCGGAUCCGGACCAACCGCCGCAGCGUGUCGAUAUGGCUUUCCUGGUCCAGGUCAAGCUCGUGCUUGCCAUUGGCGCCACCGUUUACGACCAAGACUUUUCUCUCCGCCCCUCUUGCAUCCGCUGGGUGUAUGAGGCGCUCACAUUCACCUCGGAACCAGAAUUUAAGUCCCAAUUGAACAUCAAGUCCCUGCAAACCGACAUCCUGCUACUGCUAGCGCGUGAAACGGCCGGCAUAGAGCCACCGGGCAACUACCACGAUGAACAGCUUGUGGAAACUCCUGUGGACAAUGGGAGUGACCUUUCGCCCGUAAUAGCGCAACCAGAAAGUAAAUUUACAGAAACUUCCGUUGCAAUCGCCAUGCGGAAGAUCCUUCCCAUCAGGCUUGCAAUCGCAAGGUUUCUGAACGACCUCGGAUCGACUCGUCGGCUGGGCGAUAUGGCACCUGCAUAUCAGGAAUCAUUGGAUCUCGAUAGGGAUCUGAGAGCAGCGUAUAGAAACCUCACUCGAACCCUUCAAGUGUUUUCUCGCGACUUGUCCGAGGUGUGCUGGCCGGGUUCAUGGUCGCCAUCUCUGCUCUUCCCGUCUCAAUUUAUCGAUCUCGUCAUCAACCGUGACCUCUUGGCCCUUCACAUCCCCUUCUACAGCGCUGCUCUCCACAAAGCUGCCUACGCCUUUUCGCGAAAAGUCGUGGUUGAAUCCUGCUUCAAGAUCUGGCAUGCUGUCAACCCUCGGCCAACCUCCCCUUCCUCGUCAGAUGCCACUCGGCAAGAUGCCAACGCCCGAAGAACCAUCAACCAAUACAUUCACCGCCUAGCUUCGCACGGCGCAGACUUCUGCCGCAACGCAGGGUUUCAAGUAAGCAUGCUCCUCCUCGGCGAGCUGCACGCCCAGAUCAGAGAAGAAACCGAAACAAGUGCUUCUCCCGUAGACCGAUCACUCCUGCGACCGGAUCUGCUCGCUAUGGUAACCGAGGCCAAGGACUGGACCAUGCGCAGCAUCACCGCGGGUGAAACCAACGUGAAGGGAUACCUGUUUGCCAGUAUGGUGUCGGCGCAGAUUGAAGGGAUGAUGGAAGGCCUGGAAGGAGAGGAGGCACUUGCGCAGAUACUGGUGAAGGCGGCGGGUGAGGUUGUGGAUAAGUGUGUGCCGCUCCUGGAGAUGUUGGAGAGGGAGACGAGGAUGAGGAUGGCGAGUAGUGGGGACAUUGAUUCUGAGCAAACGCAAGGGCGAGAACAGAGACAAGGAGAAGCAGGAGCGGGGAUGGUAUCACAACAACAAUAUGAAGCAGACGGUUCGGCGAUCACUCAUGAAUCGGAAUCGGCGCUGGGAAUAAUGGGUUACUGGGAUAUGUUGAUGUUGGACGCUCAACACAUCAGUGAUUUUGGAAGCAUCGCUGAACCGAUGAAUUGGGCGUUCAUCGGAGCCACGUCAUUCAGCGCAGGUGGGCCAUUUAUCUGGUAG